CUCGACUGCUACGAUGCUCUCGAGGUCGUGGAGAUUGCCGACACGAGCGGCGUCGACCCUGCAUCGCUCGCAAUGGGCGACCACAACAAGAACCCAAGAGCGUUUUCGCAACUCGUGCCUGGGACUUAUCUGAUGGAAGACGUCAAGUCGGAUGCUUGGGCGGAUGCGAUUGAGAAUGUGGGCGACACGGACAGCUGCCUGCGCAUCCAGGGAAGAAUGGAGGACUCCGACGAGGACUUCUCCAUCGAUCUGUCAUGCAACACGACUGAGGGUGUGUCUGCCAUCCUCCCUUUCGACUGUCCUGACGUGGGCCUCUGCUCGGUGCGAGAUGGCAACGUAUUCAAACCUGCACUCGUAAGUGGGAGACAUGAUGGAGAGAAGAGAUGGGUCGGCACCAUCUUCAUGCGCCUGAUGCGCGUGCGUCGAUUGCCUGAUGUGUGUGCGUCGAUCAGCUUGUGAUUCAGGGCGUGUUGAAGGUGGUCAACGCCAGUGAGGCCGACUGCGUCGGCCUUGAGGCGCAGAUCGAGCUGACAGCGUGAAUGCAAAGACAGCCUGAGGCAUUCAUAGGGCUCACUGCAUGUUUCUUGCCUGUGUCUCUGUUUGUGUGCAGCACCGGAUUGGUCGAUGAAGCGAUCUCUGGUCGAGCUCGCUCCGCCAACUACACAGCCGAGCAGCGAAUCACGAUCUUUGCUGAAGGAGAAGAGACAGAGCUCAUUACCACACGUGGCAUUGCUCUGGUCAGUCCAGCCGCCAACUCUGACUUGGGGCUGCUCACGUUUCCCAGCACGGUGCCCGCCGGCUGCCCUUCCCUGCUCAAGCAGCGCAUCUUCACGAUCACAUCGGGCGACGUGGCGGCAGGCGGGGUGAUCGCGGCCACUGCAUCCGGAUACAGUUACGAUCAGAACGACACUGUAGUCUCAAAGGUAAACACGUAGAAGCGAGGGACAGCACCUGCAUUGCGAUCCCCUUUCUGGUUUUGUCUGCUGCAUGCAGAAAGUGUUUGAGGUCGAGAUAGGCUCUGGCAAGUCUGCCGAUUUCAACGAGGUCUGCCGCGAGGCGGCUGAAGAGGAUCGCAUUUCCGCAGAGCAGGAGCGGCUGGUGACUGAGCAAGCGGCGAUAGGUGUGGACCCUUCUCGUGCAUUGGUCGGCAUCGAGGCACCCUCUCUGUGGUUCCCGCUUUUCAAGACAGGCCCAAGCCCGUUCUUCCCCCUGUUCAAUGCGCGAAGGGUGGCACGCUAUUCGGUGACCAGGGAAUUUAACCCCGAUGAGAUUGCGGACGAGUUCGGCGUUACUGACCGAGACCGAGAGCAGUCGAAGAUCUUCUUGUGGAGAAGAGUGUUUGAUUUCAUAUCUGUUCAAGCCGACAUCAGUCGGCCUAUAAGCUAUGUCCAGAUCUUAUGUGCCGAGAACGUGACGGUUCUACCGGUGACAUUCAAGCUGGAGAAUCUGGAGACGGGCAGCUCUCUCGAUCUCAUCCUCAAGGCACAACUGGGCUCCUUACUCGACCAGGAUGCAGGCGGUGAGACAGAGAAAACACCCUUCUGGAGCCAUCCGUUUGCAAUCGUUUUUUUUGUUUGUUCAUGCUCAGUUUAUGUUGAGUGCCGACGCCGUGUGCUGCAGACUCUCCCAGUUGGCUUCGCCGACACAUAUCAAAUCCCUGGCGGCCUCACAGCAGGCUCGAUCGCUGCUGUUGGAGUCGAUCCUAAGGUGUGGGCGCUCGGAGACAACGUGUUCGUGGACGUGCUGAUCAAAGACGGAGAAGGUGGAUCCACCACGACGUCACUGAGAGAUGAGGGGAUUGUUGCUAAUCUCCAACAGCACAACUGCAUCGGUGUGACAGAGACCAAGCAGAGAGAAAUCAGCGCGACGGUGUUGGUGUACGAGAGACAAGAGGAGGGCAAUCGGGCCAGCGAGGAGGUCAUCUUGGACACGACCUGCGAGAUCGGCUUCGAAUGCUUUGCAGCGUGUCCCGAGCCCAGGUUGCCGGUCUCCAGCCCCGCGGCAGUGCAGAAUAGGACGUAUCAGCUUCUCGAUGCACCCUUCAGAACUGCAACGUCAGAGUGGACUAUUACAUCUGGCACAAUGGAACCAGCUCGUUAUUCUUCUGGACCUCUUCCUCUGUUCGAUUCUCGUUACGAUACGAGAGGAUGUACUGACAAUCGCUUUACUGAUUCAAGCUGCACGAGGACCGUCGAUGAGAAGAUCUAUAGCUGCGCGCCCGACCAAGGGACGGGCAUCGGCGUGCAAGUGAAGGUCGAGUACGAUUCAGCAGCACUCGAUAGCAGAAUCACCCAUGGCUUCUUUGAGCCCUUGGCGUUGGCGAAUGUCUUCAUCAAAGGGGCGGUCUGGCAAGUCUAUCCCCCUGAAUGCGCAGGUACUUAAGCCGUACGAUGAUUCAAAUAUAUGUGGAUCAGCUUAUCCUCUGUUUUCUUCUGGUAGAACAGGCAGCAUUGUCUUUGUCGAAGGUAGCGGAUAGCGUGGGUGACGGCAGGAAACCGUCUCUGCUGUGCCGUGAUUUGAUGCAGGCGAUCUUCUUGUUGGAGUGGGCUUUCAAAACAACUUCAUACAGCCACAAGAAGGCCGGGGUUACUUUGGAGAUGAGGUCAACACUCAGCUCGAUGAUUUGAUAUUUGCACGGGGGCAAGAGGGGCAAGAGGGGCUUCAUUUCGGCAUUCCAGAGGCGCUGCUGACUUCAAGCGUGCGGCUGAUGAAGGUGGAAUACACUCUACUGAGUCUUGCUGAAGAAGCGACGAUUGAAGCAUGCUUCAACGCAAACAAGUCCAGAAAGGUCUCAACGAAGGAUCUUGUCUUUCAUCCGGACGGCCAAACAAAAACAAAGAUCUCAUACUUUGAUGUGUCUCGAUUUAACGGUGAUCUCCAGGUAGGCCGUGUAUGUGUGUGCACUGAUUGCAGGGACUUUUUUUGUUACUCUUGCAUAUGCGUAUUUUGCAGGAGAUCCAGUCCGAGUCUUUUGGUGCUCCACUGCUGAACGAUGAUGAGCUUGGGCUUAAGUCUUUCUUGCACAUUGACUCGAAUAUCGAAGGCGACAUAUUUAGCCUGAGUUCGUCUGUAUUACUCGGCAACCUUACCAACUUCUGCGACGAGACCAACAAGAGUGAGCAGGCCACACGAGCAUGCAAGCGAUCGUGUUUCUCUGCCACUGUAUUUGCCUGCGUGAAUGUGUACGCUCCAGUUUUGAUUCAGUGCCAACCUGCGAAGCGGCUGCAGCUCGUGGCAGACCAUGGAUCGAGGGCUGCUGAUGAUGAACUUGUCAACUCCAUCGCAACUGUGGUGUCAUCAGGCGCUGGCUUUGACUACAUUGCCAAUCUCACCGCCCCUCCGGGCUUUGAUUUGUCGUGCAACAUCAGCGAAGCAUCGGAGAUUUUUCGGCUGACAAUGUCGAACAGAGAGGGUGGACACCUCGUGUACGCCGACACGGCGUACAUCGACCAUGACAUUCAGAAUUAUCUGAUUCGUACUGUGCCGUUGAGUGUUGGCUUUAGAAGAGCGAAUGGGGAGACGGGAAAGGUAGACGCCCUCUGUCCUGUGGCAAUCGACUGCUGUAAGGAAACAUAGGGAAACAUCGGCUAAGAACACCACUUAUUUCUUGUGUGUCCGUGAAUGUGUAUCAGUGCUGCCGGAGAGGGCACCACGGCCUGUUUUCGACCCAAGUCCUGACAACACGUCCAUUGCGAGACCCCCCCGGCCUCCGGCUUCUACACCGCUGCCCGGGAGAGAUGAUUUCUGUCCAGGUAGCUUCAAGGAAGCAGACAGGGCCUUGUAGCAAGGGACGGUUACCUUUUCCUCUUCCCUUUUUAGAGCCGCUGCUCUUCGAAGCAGCGGGCAAUCUCUCAACACUGCAGGACCUGCGGCUCCCCACCGGUCUACAUCCCCACGUCAUAUGGAAUGCUCGAUCUAUCAGUCCCUUCAUUGUUGUGGCGCUAGACGCCGGAGAGGAUGGGGUUGCCACCCUAUCAGUUGUGGAUCUCUUAAUAUUCGGCAAUCGUGUCAUUGGGGAGUAAUCCGUGACCUGCUAAAAAAGAAAGAGGCUUCCUGUGUCAUGAUUAAUACACAUGUGCUGCAGGGAAAGAGUGACUGUCGAAGCCGUAUCUGAUUUUACAUCUGGUACCUUCGAGUUGGUCGUCGUAGUGCUGACACGAAACAUCAAUGGAGCUGCUGACGGCAUCGGCAUACAGGUAUAUGACGAUAGAAGCAAAAGAGUCACACGAAACUGGCUGGCUUCUUCGUGCCCUGCCUGUCCUCCAGGCCUUGUGUGUCAAUGGCCCAUGCAAUGCCAAGUUGGUUGUAUUUGAGCACACUGGCGAUUGCAUUCCAAGAGCAGUCGAUGGGAAGGUGUUCGGUGUGAGUGAGACUAUCGACUUAGAGGCUCUCCCGCUUCUCCCUUCUCCUCCGGCGCCUCCAGGAGGUCGUCUGCCGAGACCGUGCCCAGGCAAGCGCAGGAAAUACACUACUGCACACAUGCCUGCUUGGAAUACGUGCAGGUUCCCUUUUGGGCCCAAUCAACGGCUCGCUGGAAGCGGGGAACCCGACGAGCAUUGAUAGUAUAUCUGGUCCUUUUCCUGCUUGCUUCGUCAUCGUGGCUUUGGAUUCACUCACUAUGGGUGAUAGUGACUUAUUCGUAUACAACCCGUCCACAGGGUAAGGAAAGGUAGCAGUUGGUGUGCAAUAGACUGAAUGAUGCAUCCGUACAGGGACGGCGUCAUUAGCGAUAAAAAAAGUGAUGGUAUAAUAGAUAGUUACGAGGAUGUGGUGGUGGUUGAUGUCUGUGCUUUUGGAGGGAGUUUUUCCUUUGGUGUGAGCGAUCGCUUCAAUGCCACUCUAAGGCGGAAAAGAAUGCUAUGCGUGCUCUUCUUUCAGGUGUCAUGUUACUCCGGGCCUUGUGAAUGGGUGCGCAUUGAAUGCGUAGCAAAGAGAAUACCUUUGUUGCUAUAUUUCCUCUCCUUUGUUUCUUGCAGGAACUUAUUCCUUUCGAUCAUGACGGCAAUUGCAUGCCCUCGCUGCCUUACGGGGUGAAAGUGAUUGGGAUCGAUACCAAAAUCGAUCCGACACUUCCUGUUUUCCCAGGACGCUGACAGCUACACGCUGAGUCUUCUGCUGUCAAGAGAGUCUUUUACAAGUAGUGAGUUUGCGUGCGUGCAUGUGAUUUUUCCCUAUUUAAGAAUCUGCACCUCAACACAGACAUCGAGAUGGAAUUCCCUCUUUGAGUGGGCGACACACGCACAUGCAAUUAUACAUGUAUGUGAGGAGAGCUGUGGGCUAUGGACUGUGGUGCUGUAUGCGCGUAGUGGCGCCACCUGCGUCAGUCAAUGCACCUGUUCUCAGA